UAACAAAUCAGAAUCAAAAUGAAAUAAGAACCUAGAUUAUUAGAUUCAACGAAGGCAUGCCCACAUACAUGCAUGUAUCAACGUAGCUUAUCAACAAAUCAGCGCCUUCUAGCAGUGUGUUUUGAUCAUUAUUAUUCAAUGGAUGUGCUAAGGAUUUUUCCUACGCAAAUAUGUCUACUGUUAUCCCUUCAUUUUAUAACAGUAUUCCCGUGCGGCGUAAUCUGGCACAUAGGAGAAAAUGGAGCCGAAGUUUUGAGGGAACCCUUCGCUGUCUGGCCGUGGCAUGUUGCUGUCCUGAACAACACCAACGGGUAUUUAGCCAGUGGAGCACUUAUCAGCGAGUGGUUCGUUUUGACAGUGGCCCAUGUCACCUUCACUAGUGAGCAAGAACCAAAACUUCCGAAUGAGUUUCAAGUCGUUAUGGGAAUAACGGAUCUCGGUAUUUUUCAACAGCACACGAAGAAAGCGAACAUCUCUACCGUAAUUCGGUACGGUGGCUACGACCAGAAGCUUGGAAAAAAUGAUUUGGCGUUACUUAAGAUGACUGACGCUAUCAAAUUUACCAAUUAUAUCUCACCCGUCUGUCUUUGGCCAAACAAUGAUUUUGAUGACCAGAAAAAUCAAGGAAUGCAAAUGACGAUAGUUGGUUGGGGUUUGGCGAAAGGAAAUAAGAUGCAGGAACUUGCCCUUAGUGAGGUGAAUGUAACUGUUGGAAACUUUGAAGGUUGCUUCAAGCAUACCGCGUCAAGUAGGGUUAAAAAUUAUUGUCUUAAAAGCAAUGUUCCACUCGAAGUCUGCUUGAAAAAUAGUGAUGGUGAAAUAUACAUUAAAUAUAAAGAUGUUUGGCAUAUUAGAGGAAUUGUCACCAGAUUAGAACCCAAUUCAAAAUUGGAUGAUUCGUGUGAGAAACUAAGAAAUAUACAAUUCAUGGAAUUAUCAUACUAUCAAAAAUGGAUUGAGAAACAUGCUUUUCCUACCAAACACAACCUUCUUGGAUUAGAAGAUUGCGGAGUUGGAUCGUACGUGGAAUCUGAAAACUCACUCACAUCGCCACCACAACAAACGUGGAUUGCGCAGUUGGCAUAUCUGUUCUGGGGUCGGUUUAACGUUACUGAUUGCCAUGGCGUAUUGAUUCAUCCGGAAUUCGUAAUAACGUCUUCAAAAUGCACGGAAAACCGAAAAUAUCGUACACUACUACACGUAAUAUUGGGCUCGAGAUAUGUCGGCUGGGAUCCUUACAACAUGGAUAAGAGUGGUGUUCAAGCCAUUGAAAUUUCAGAGCAUUUGUUUUCCGAAAUGUCCAGAACUAUUCAAUUCGGUUUUGACAUAAACGUUUUGCGAUUGGCCCAAAAAGCCGACAUCACAGAUAGUGUGAAACCUGUGUGCCUUCCACCAGUCGAAGAACCCGUGGCAUACUACAACCUGAUAACGUGGAAUCAUAGAGCUGAGCAUCCCAAACAGCUAAAAUCAUCUACCAUGCGAAUGGUUCCUUUUGAUGAGUGUCGUUCUGAGUACCUUAAACUUGAAAUUAAUAUCACUUCAGAUAAUUUCUUGGCGUGCUAUGAAGCUUGUCAAAUAACCAAAACCAUAAACAAGUCGCUUACCUGCGAGGUGCCCAAAGUGAAAUCCUGCGCGGUUCCAAUAUCCGGGGGACCCCUUUUCUACACGAAACAUGACGGAGUGCAUUCCUACACCUAUCUGGCUGGUGUAAAAUCCUUUGGUCCGGCCAACUGUCAGGACAACUUAUACGAGGUCUUCAACGAUGUAAUCUCGUUCCGUGAGGAGAUUGAAGAGUUGAUACGUUGGAAAGCGUGGUUCAGUGAAGAUGACGAUAUGGUGUCGCACGAUUUCGAUGAGAUAUCCCAUACGCUACACUUCGAGCUGGACGACAAAGGAAAUGUGGUUGGUGAAGACGGACACAUUAUGUGGGAAAGUUUUGAUGCCGAUAGUAUGGAGAAGAACGAAAAUGAGGACAAACUACCCGUGGAGAGGAAAAUCGAGUUUUGAUGCAGCUGAAGCACUCAUACAUAGUUUCAUCCUAUUAUACGUUUUGCAUAUCAUAUGUUAUAUGAUUAGUUUAGAUUCUAAAAUUGAUCAAUACAUUUGUACCAACUUUUACUGAUAUGAGAUAUGAAAAAUGAUCAUGAGUAAAAUACCCUCUC